CGGUUUAUUAGGGGAUGCAAGAUAAUAGAAACUGUCAAGGAAAAUGAAUGCUGAAUAUAAACCGAGGAGAAAAGCCUUGGAAAUACCAGUGUAGUCCAGCAAGUUGCGGUAAAUGAGUUUCAAAAAUCUUAUUACUAUUUCGUGUGUAUUCCAGCUGGUAGGCGCUAGUCGGCAUGGAUGGGACAUUCCGUCUUGUAGUACAGUCCCACAGUUUGAAGGCCAUACACUUAAAAUGGAACUAGUUUGUGAAAACGAAUUCCCUGGAAUAGAUUCAUUAUUCUUUUUUUUCCUUUAUCCAACUGCGGGUGACGGCCGAUGUCAGUGGACCGAAUUUAGUCGACAAUAUUCUACUCUUUGUGAAACCUCACACACAUCACCUCAGAAAAAUAUUCAAGCAAUCUUCGAGCACGUCUACAACGGCAGCUACUGUUUGGCUGUUUACCGUAGUAAAUGGACUACUAGCCUGCCGAUAUGCAACUUGAAAGUUCCUUUUUAUUUCGAGACGGAAUUGACGGAAAUGGACGUCCAAAUGUGGAGCCCCACAAUAAUCCUCCAGCAACAAGGAUUUAAUGACCUCUUCAUUCAGUUGGAUAACAGUAAUAGCGAUGGCUACAAUUUCAGUAAGUUUGAUAUUGAAAUACAUGCUGUCGACGAUUCUAUUACACAUUGCGACCGGCUACCCGUUAUGUCUAAGACAAAAACCAUCACUAUGAGCAUUUCCGGGGAAUCCCUUAUUCUUAGUAAUCUAACGGAGGGAAAUUACUGCCUACAAGUUACCCCCGUCGAUGUCAGAUGCAUAUAUCCUCUUUCGUCGACAAAUCUUCCAUGUACAAGAUCAAGUAACACGACUCGAAUCACCUUUUCUCAUGGUAGAGAUUACCAGAAAAUAGUUGUCACUGGAUUGGUAAAUUUUCUUUUAUUAAGCUGUUUGACGGCGACCGUCAUUUUUCUAAGGAAGAAACACAACGAAGCAAAGAAGAGGAAAUGCAGCGACAGAAGUACACAUGGGCAAAUGUCAUCAGUAGCCAUAUUUCUCCUUCAUUCUAAUGACGAGCGAUUACGAAGUUCUGUCAAGAUGCUAAAAGACUCUUUGCAUGCGAGACUAUUAUCAUGCGAGAUCGACGAUCACACGGACGAACAUCAGUGGGAGAGUGUGGCCCAAGAAGGUAUAAGCUGGUUCCUUUCACGAUUGAAUCAAAAAGGAAAAUACGUCAUCGUCAUCGCACCUUUUCUUGAAGGAGACCUUUUCAAUCAAAGAGAAUUUAGUGAAAAUUACUAUUUUCCCUUUGCAUUACAGCAACUACAAUCAAUUGCUUCAUCAACUGCUUAUCAAAGGAUUCUCAUUGUUUGGUUUAAAUAUGAUUCCAAGAUUAAAUGUGUUCCCUUAAGAAGAUUUGGAAAUCCAUUCACUAACUUUAUAAUACCACAAGAUCUCGACCUUCUUGUACGACAUAUUAGGAAUUUUGAGGACCAGGACUACGUCUGAGAUUCAUCAACAUUAAUCAUCCUGACAAAUGAAAAGUAUUGUUUUUCAUCCCUACAACUUUACAAGAAAUGUUAAAAAAAAUCUAAUAUGUCUAAGUUUUAUGUUAUAGUUUUAACUUACUAGCAUAAAUGCACAAGAAUUGACCAUAGUCUUUUCGCAAGAACUAAAUUGCUGUUCCCUACAAAAAUAAUCAAUCCUGGUAAGAAGAACAAUAUAUAUAAUGUGUGUUAAAAACAAGAACAUAGACAUACAACCAAAAAAGCUUGUCACCAUUACAUCACAUGAUAUUACAUUACAGACCAUGCUUUUUUCCUGGAUGAUUACGUCGCAAACAUGUUAGCCAAAACGCGGGAAACUAAUGAUAACAUUGUGUUAUAUUACCCUGUCAAAUGUAAUGAAUUCUUCUAAAAGUUCACCACAAACAACUUUUUGUAGUGGGGUCCGGUUUGAGCUGCUUUUUCUUUUUAGUCAAGAAAGUUUGGUAAUUUACGUGUUUUUGGCAUUCCGCUCAACACAGUCUUCACCAGUGAACUGAUACUGAUCCGAUUCCGUGUCGUUAAAAAACGGAUUUUUUGAGGGCCGUAGAACGGAUUGGUUUCCGUUCUCUAACGCUAGAGUCGCAUGAAGGCAAUAACGUUAUGCCUACCCUCUAGCGCCUCUAGCUGAUUCAUAAUCGGAUUCGUUUCAGUUAACCGAUUUUUGACAAAGCAGCGCGUUGUUCAAAUCAGUGAGCGGACCCGUUUCCGUUCACAGAUCCGUUUCAGUUUAUUAUCAACUUGUUUUUAUAAUAAGAAGCCGAAACCUUUCCAUUAUUUGAACGGAUUCGUUUCCGUUUCCAUAGCACGUUUUUAGUAAACAAACUGUUUGCUUAUUAGAAUAACGUACGUGCUUAAUGUGAGUGCAAUAUUUUGUUUUCAAUAAUGCCUAUGUCAGAACAAUUAAGGAAAAUGGUUGCUGAAGGGAAAAUCAAAAAAAAAAGACCCAGGGCAGAAUCAUGGACUGCAGGAAAGAGAUGGGAUAGAUUAAAAACUGUAAAACAAAAAUUAGAAACCCUUCAUGGAGAAAAUGAGGUGCAAUAUGCAACUAAGGACGAUUCUGGCUCAGCUGUUUCAUUGCAUGAAUCAAGUGUUGUUGGACACGAUGCAUUAGACUUAGGCCAGCCAGCCAAUUCCGCCGUAGCCGCCAACGAAUCGUCAUUGGUAAUAAUCUUGGAAGGCUUCGACGCAGAAGAAGUUGGAAGCAGAUAUGUGGAGGUUAAAGAAGCAUCAAAUGGUGCUGUUAAGACAUGGGAGAUCAAGCAAGUACCAAGUCGCUGGACUGAAGCAGAAUUUAAACAGUUUAUAGAAACUCAAUUUGUAAAUUGAUGCUUUCUUUACUUAUUUAUUUUUUUUUUUUGCUUUUUUUAAUAUUUGGUACUACCAUACUACCAUACCAGCAUUGCACUAGUGUAAUGCUACUAAAACUGCCAUUCCCUUUUACUCUUUCACUGACACAAACCAGUAUUAAAUUAUGUGUUUUUACCGUUGGCCUGUCGGUUCCCCCGUCGGUGGCUGGAACACUGUGCCGCAACUCGUAAAAUUCUCUAAAAGAAGACGUGUUUUCCAGUGAAAACAUGCGUUGUGGUUUAUUGCAUUUCAAUAUCUUCCAAUUCAGAAAAAUGUGAUAAAGAAAAGUUAAAACGGCUUGUUAAAUUUUUCAACAUUGCAGUCCUAUUAUACGGAUUAAUAUAUUAAGUCUGUAAUUUUAUGUGGAAGUUAAACCCUGAUGUAUGUGUAAUUGUAUGUGUGUCAUUCGGUGGUCGGCGGCUUGGUGGUUGGAAUCAUUAUGAGCGUUAAUAAGUGAAGAAGUGCUUCCGUCCUUCACAUUCGGUGACUGUCAGAUUCAAAUAAACAAGUGACAAGAA